CGUUAUUGUUAAGUGUUUGUUAAUAGGCGCGGCUGCCACAGUAUCUCAUUACCUAGAACUGUGUCGUUUAACACGCAAGCGGUUCUCUUGAAAACUUCAUUUGACACUUUUGGACUAGUACCUAGUACUUGUAUGAAGGAGUCAUCAAGAUGUCUGCUCUUUUCAACUUUCAAAGCCUGCUGACAGUUGUGUUACUCCUUAUUUGCACAUGCGCCUAUGUUCGCUCAAUAUUUCCGAGUCUUGUAGAUAGACACAAGAGUGGGUUCUUGGGCACAUUUUGGAAAUGUGCUAGAAUUGGUGAACGGAAGAGUCCUUAUGUAGCAGCGUGUUGUGUUAUAAUGGCGCUAAGUCUUUUGUUCUGGUCGUAAUAUAAUUUUCAACCCUCAUUCCAUCUCAUACUUUUUAAUCUGUCUGUGUCUGCAGUAUAUUUUUGUUAUAAAUUAAAAUGUAUUUAAUUUGUCCAAAGGUA